AUGCGUCGCACCCUUUUGAGGCGCCUCAAAGACACCAUGCGUCGCACCCUUUUGAGGCGCCUCAAAGACACCAUGCGUCGCACCCUUUUGAGGCACCUCAAAGACACCAUGCGUCGCACCCUUUUGAGGCGCCUCAAAGACACCAUGCGUCGCACCCUUUUGAGGCGCCUCAAAGACACCAUGCGUCGCACCCUUUUGAGGCGCCUCAAAGACACCAUGCGUCGCACCCUUUUGAGGCGCCUCAAAGACACCAUGCGUCGCACCCUUUUGAGGCGCCUCAAAGACACCAUGCGUCGCACCCUUUUGAGGCGCCUCAAAGACACCAUGCGUCGCACCCUUUUGAGGCGCCUCAAAGACACCAUGCGUCGCACCCUUUUGAGGCGCCUCAAAGACACCAUGCGUCGCACCCUUUUGAGGCGCCUCAAAGACACCAUGCAUCGCACCCUUUUGAGGCGCCUCAAAGACACCAUGCGUCGCACCCUUUUGAGGCGCCUCAAAGACACCAUGCGUCGCACCCUUUUGAGGCACCUCAAAGACACCAUGCGUCGCACCCUUUUGAGGCGCCUCAAAGACACCAUGCGUCGCACCCUUUUGAGGCGCCUCAAAGACACCAUGCGUCGCACCCUUUUGAGGCGCCUCAAAGACACCAUGCGUCGCACCCUUUUGAGGCGCCUCAAAGACACCAUGCGUCGCACCCUUUUGAGGCGCCUCAAAGACACCAUUCGUCGCACCCUUUUGAGGCGCCUCAAAGACACCAUGCGUCGCACCCUCCCCGUCUCUAGUGCUUUGCCUCUUUCCCUGCCCCCUACAAUCCUCUUCUUUCAUAUCUGCUCUCCCUCAUCCCUCCAUUCUGCCCGUGCCAAGCGAUUGGCUCUACACCAUGCAACGCACUCUCCCAUUCUCCUGCCCUCCCCUUUUUUUUUAUUAUCCACUCUCUUCUUCCUGCUUCAAAUGAGUUUCUCCCUCAUCCCUCUCUUUCUCCCACACCCCUCCUCAUCUCCCCUCCCACGCGGUGGUUGGCUCUACGCCAUGCGCCGCACCCUCUCCUUCUCCUGUGCUUCCCCGCUUCCCGUUCUUUCAGUUUUCUUCUUCCUUAUUAACUACAUUUCCCCCCCCCAACCAGGUGGUUGGCGCUACGCCAUGCUUCGCACCCUCCCCUUCUCCUGCCCGCCCUCCGCCAUCCCCCUAUUCGUGAAGGGCUGUGGUUGGCUCUACACCAUGCGUCGCACCCUCCCCUUCUCCUGCCCCCCCUCCGCCAUUCCUCCUUUCGUGGAGGUGGAUCUGUCUGCAUUGGAUGUGGGCCACAAGAUCACCCUUGCUGACGUGGCAAGGCAGGUGGAUCCGCGUCUCAGAUUGCUCCUGGCAGAUGUGUCUCACCCCGUCUGCAAGAUAGCUGGCAGCAGGUCAUUGGCCAAGGAAGCAGCGCCUGCUUAG